CUUCCCUUGAAGAAGCAUCAUGCAAUACGUCAUCAUUCUCACGUUCGCCUCAAUGGCCGCGGCUGCUAAACUUGAGAAGGUAUACUUGCCUCCAGAUGUCGCGUCAGCAGAUGGUGCGCUUGCUGGUCUCCAAGCGCCAUUUGAAACGCGAGGUCAAACCCAAAACUACCCAAACCAAGUCCAGAACUUCGCUCAGAAUGCUCAAGCACAAAGUUUCUCUCAAAAUGUUCAAAGCCAAAAUGCAGGAAGUCAGGCUGAAAUUUUAAGAUUUGAAAAUGAAAUUAAUGAAGAAGGAUUCCACUACGCAUACGAAACCAGCGAUGGAACGAAGGCUGAACAAAAUGGACGAGUCUUGCCAGGAUCAACUCCCGAAGAAGGCUCCAUCCAGGUGUCCGGCUCCUACUCCUACAUCGGUGAUGAUGGUCAAACCUACUCCGUGUCAUACAUUGCUGAUGAGAACGGCUUCCAGCCCAGUGGGGACCAUCUGCCAACACCACCACCAAUUCCUGAAGCUAUCUUUAAAAGCCUACAACUCACGGAUCGCGAAGGUAAAUAUAGCAGUCAAAAAAGCAGUUACGAUGCGGAUGCCGGCUACUAAAUUAACUAUCCUAGAACUGACUAAAAUAGCUCAUACAAACGUUUUAAAAUAAACAUCACAUUUGCGUCUAGAUUUGCGAGUGAAUUUCUCACAGGCGUUAAGUAGAAACUUAUUUAUGCUAAUCACAGAAUGGAUUUAAUAUAAUUUUGUCUACUAAUAAAACAAAUCACCGUCUGAAAAUAGACUUACAUUAUUUUUGGUGUUUUCUUCGUAUAAAAAAGUAACCAUGGUAACCGACAUGGUUUUCAGUCAUUGUUAAUGCCAUACACUGUUAGAUAUACUUUUAUAAUAAGCGCAAUGUUGUCUUUUAUCUUAAUGCUACGAAAGUUAUGUAAAUUAUCUUCAAAAUCCACCUAAGGUUGUGUUUUUGUCUGGACUAUGGCCAGUAUGUUAUACAAUAAAGUGUAAAUAUUUUU